AUGGAAGAUAUUUCUUCUUCAAACGUGCCUGUGCCCUAUCCUCGUUCUAUCACGAGUAAAACUUCAUCAAGUAGUUAUAGUUUAAAGAGUAAACUUACCAUUUCAUCAAUAUCAGACAAGAGUAGCUUACCCGACAGCAGACCGAUAACGCCAGAAGAAAGUGUAUCUAUUGAUUUGAGUGAAAAUGGAAAAAUAGGAUCAAAUUUAGAGAUUUAUAUCCACAAAACCGAUAUUUUGAAAGUGGAUACGAGAAUAAGACACCCUAGUAUUAUUAUUCAUAUUGUCGAUUCUUCCGCGUGGGAGUAUUUAAAGAAGAACGAUAAGGACGGAAACGGUCAAAUGGUCAACAUUAGUCCAUUAUUAACCAGCGAAUUUAAUUUUAAAACAAACAAAACAGUACUGCCUGGCUGGAACGAGAGAAUAUCGGUCGAUGAACCGUACGUUAAUGUAAUAACAGAGAAAACGACGAUUUUUUUCGAGCUGGUAGACUUUGUUGGGUCCAAUCGACCGCCGUUAAUGUCAAAUGAUUGGUACAGAAUAGCUUGGGCGUUCGUCAAGCCUGUCGGAUCUAAUGGCACAAAAAACACGGGUAAACCGCUAAGACUGCAACUAUACAAACCCGGGCGAGCUCCCAAGUCAGUUCAUAAAAACCGUCCGAUGGUCGCACAUUGGUUAAAAAAAGGAACUCUCCAAAAGUACCCGAGCACUCUUUAUGCAAGUUUGAAUGAAAUAAAUCGCGAAACAACAGCGGUAUCCGACAAUCGUUUGGAAAGAAGUUCAGUUGGUAGUUCCGGUUCGUUGCGGGAAAUCUUAGACGAAACGCUAAGCUCCAGUCCAGAGACUUUCCAGGAGUACGAUGUGAAAUGGAAACGAUUUCCCGGGCAAAAAUGUAAAUUGCCAAAUUCUGAAAUAGCAAAGCUUCAGCCGAGUUCGGAGGGUUGCAUGUGUUUGAAAUUCAGUCACGAUGGCCUUAAAUUAGCAGUGGCCACCAGUAAAGUGAUAAAUAUCUACACUGUUCCCGAGUUCAAAUUACUCAAACAAUUGUUGGGUCAUCAAGGUUUGGUUUACACUUUAAGAUGGAAUAAAGACAAUUGCCAUAUUCUAUCAUCGUCUUCCGAUUAUACUGCCUGCAUUUGGAUGCUUAAAGAUGGCGACAAAACUGACUUCCAAAUACUUCCGCAUCCGUCAUACGUGUACUGCGCGGAAUACAGUGACGACGUCAUAUUGACCGGAUGCUACGACAGCAUUUUGCGACUAUGGAUUUUUACUCAUAACAAAUGGACUUUGUGCCAAGAAAUGGAAUUCCACAAAGGAUUUAUAUCGAGUGUUGCUCAUCGAGGUAGCAUGAUACUAUCGGCUGACAGCCAAGGGUUUAUCGUCGAAUGGACGUUGGUGGAUAACAGAUUGGAAAUGAAAAGGGCCAUACUGGUUCCGGAAAUAAGGAAUGUGACCAUCAGCAAUAUUCAGCUCCAUCCAGGUGGCAAACGGCUAUUAAUACAGACCAGAGACAGCGUUUUGCGCAUGAUGGACUUGCAAACAGCCGCCAUUGUACAAUGGUUUCGGGGCGGUGUAAACAACAAGGUGCAAACCGGUUGCGUUUUGAGUCCCUGCGGCAACCUGGUGUUGGCAUGUGGCGAAGACGGUCCCGUGAACGUUUGGGAAGCGUACACUGGCAAGCAAUUGGCAUUCUACACGAACCGACAGCCCUUGACGGCCACUGCCACUAGCGGUGCCGUCGACUAUCAUCCACACGAUCAUAUUCUGGCUUUCGGCGUGUACACGCCGGCCAGGAGUUCGCCGGUUUACGUGGCUCAGUACAAAAAAGAUCCAGAUUUGGACAUAGGUCUAAGAUUGUUAGCACCUGCGCAGCCGACUGAAUGCAAGCGUGGCGCGACCAAGUCUGAAGGUCAGACUCAUCACCACAAGAUCACGGCGGAGACGACUAGUACGUCACAGCACAAUGACCAUCAACAAAUGAGACCGCUCAUGAACAUCAUACGAAGAAUGGACAGUGUCAUAAAAACGUACAAAACAAAUGCUUGA